CUCCGCGCCACUCGCGGUCGUCUCUCCGCGCCAUUUUCAAACUGCCCUUGCGCCGGAGCCUGUGCCGGGCGGGGCCGGAAGGAGCCGGCGAGGGGCCGAGGCCCGGGGCGAUGCGGCGGCGGCCGGAGCUGCGGGACUUUAAUUUUUUAAAGUAGACCAAACUGGUUUUGGAAGUCAAGAUGACUACAGCUGCAGAAAGAAAGUAUAUUAAUAUUAGAAAAAGAUUGGAUCAGUUGGGAUAUCGCCAGACUCUUACAGUGGACUGUUUGCCUUUGGUAGAAAAACUUUUCAGUGACUUAGUUCAUACAACAGAAAGUCUUCGGAAGUCAAAACUAAGUGCUGCGAAAGCUGAAAAAGAAAGUGCCAAUUUUGAUUUUGUUUUGGAACCUUACAAACAUGAAAAUGCAAAACUGCUCAGAGAAAAUAAUGAAUUAUACCUGGAACUAAUGAAACUGAAAGAACAAUCAGACCAGCACAUUAAAGAGCUGAAAACGGCACUGAAGAAGAGUGCCUGUGAAGCCUCAGAUCUGAAAUUUUUAAAUAACCAAUAUGUUCACAAACUCAAGCUUAUGGAGAAAGAAAGCAAGGCUAAAAAUGAAAAAAUUCAACAGCUUCAAGAAAAGAAUUUACACGCUGUAGUACAAACUCCAGGUGGCAAGAAAAGAAAUAUUGCUUUCAGGCGGCAGCGUAUGCAGAUCGACGAGCCAGUCCCUCCCUCUGAAGUCAGUUCAUACCCUGUGCCUCAGCCAGAUGACCCCUACAUCGCAGACCUGCUGCAAGUGGCUGACAAUCGAAUUCAAGAACUUCAAGAGGAAGUCUUCCAGUUACAAGAAAAGCUACUAAUGAUGGAAAGUGGACUAAGAGAUUAUAACACGCAGAUUGAGCUAAGAGAACGAGAGAUAGAACGACUGUCUGUUGCAUUGGAUGGUGGUCGCUCCCCUGAUAUCCUCUCUCUGGAAUCUAGAAAUAAAAGCAAUGAAAAACUUAUUGCCCAAUUAAAUGUUCAGGUUGACUUUCUUCAGCAAGCUAAUAAAGACCUGGAGAAACAUAUACAAGAGCUUAUGGAAACGAAGGAAACAGUAACUAGUGAAGUUGUUAAUUUAAGUAACAAAAAUGAAAAACUCUGCCAAGAAUUAACUGAAAUCGACCAGUUAGCACAGCAGUUGGAAAGGCAUAAAGAAGAGGUGCUUGAGACGGCUGAUAAAGAGCUUGGGGAAGCUAAGAAAGAGAUUAAAAAGAAACUCUCUGAAAUGCGGAGUCUUGAAGAAACAAUGGGAAAACUUGAACUGGAAUUAAGUUUAUGUCAUAAAGAAAAGGAGAGACUGAAUGAUGAGCUCCUAAUAAAAUCAGACCUAGAAACUGUUGUUCAUCAGCUUGAACAGGAGAAGCAAAGACUUUUAAAAAAAGUUGAAAAUUUCACAACAACAGAAAGAGAACUUACUUUGGAAGUUGAGAGAAUGAGGCUAGAACAUGGAAUAAAACGUCGAGACAAGUCACCUUCCCGUUUAGAUACAUUUCUGAAAGGUAUAGAAGAAGAACGAGAUUUUUAUAAGAAGGAGCUUGAAAGACUACAACAUUUAAUACAGCGAAGAGCUUGCUCUGUAAAUUAUUUUGCACGUGAAAAAUUUUCAACAUAUAAAACACCAGAAAAGGGUGAUUAUAAUUCAGAAAUCAGUGCAAUCACAAGAGAAAGAAAUGAACUUCAAUAUAUGCUAGAAAGAUUUGAAAAACAUAUGGAGGAUAUACAAUCCAAUGUCAAGAUACUGACAGCUGAAAGAGAUAAACUAAGUGUCUUAUAUAACGAAGCUCAGGAAGAAUUGUCUGUCCUGAGACGGUCUACCCCCAUCCCGGACCCCCAGGAUAUUAUUAGUCUUAUGGAGAAGGAGAAAGAACUUGCCAUAUCUGAUCUAAGAAAGAUUAUGGCUGAAAACGAAGCUUUAAAAGGAAAGUUUAAAAAUCUCCAGGAAAUGAGUCAUUAUGGAAAAUCAGAAUUAGAGAAAACUAUCGAACAUUUAACAGUUGUCAAUCACCAGCUUGAAAAUGAAACAUGUGAGUUAAAGGCUAAAAUGCUAAUGAUGAAAGAAACAAUGGAGUCGUUAGAGCACAAAGUAAAUUUCCAAGCUCAUAAACUUAGCUGCAUGAAUAGUGACUCACAUCGGAAAACAGAAAUGAAUACCCUUAGGAUAGUAAAUGAGCAACUGCAGCGGUCACUUGAUGAUUACCAGCACCGACUCUCCAUCAAAAGAAGUGAAGUUGAGUCAGCUCACAUGCAGAUUAAAGCACUGGAAGAAAAAAUAAGUCAGCUGCAUCUUCAGAUGACGUCACAGAAUGAGGAGGCUCAUGUAAUGAAAAAGACCAUUGGUGCUAUUGAUAAAGAAAAGGACUAUCUUCAGGAGACUGUAGAUGAGAAGACAGAAAAGAUUGCAAAAUUGCAAGAAAAUCUAGCUAAUAAAGACAAAAUUCUUGCCCAGAUGACAAUAACAAUUGGAGAAUAUGAAUCUUCUCUGAACCAGCUGAAGGAAUCAUUAACUGAUCGAGAGUGUGAGAUCACCAGCCUGCGGUGCCAGCUUGAUGCAGCUCACAAAGAACUUGAUGAUGUCGGAAGAUGUAAAGAAGUGUCUUACAAGGAAGCCAGAAGAUUACAGGAAGAUCUGGCUACAAUGGCAAGAGAAAACCAACAAAUCACAUUGGAAUUGGAAGCAGCAAUACAAGAAAAAGAAGAAAUGAAGAGUAGAGUUCAUAAUUACAUAACCGAGGUGUCACGAUGGGAAAGCUUAAUGGCUACUAAGGAGAAAGAAAAUCAGGAUUUGUUAGAUAGAUUUCAGAUGCUUCAUAACCGCGCUGAGGACUGGGAGGUGAGAGCCCAUCAAGCCAAGGGGGAGAGCAGUUCCGUCCGCCUGGAGCUUCUGUCUAUCGACACAGAGAGGAGACACCUUCGAGAAAGGGUGGAGCUGCUGGAGAAAGAGAUUCAGGAGCAUAUAAGUGCACAUCAUGCUUAUGAGUCUCAGAUCUCAUCAAUGGCAAAAGCCAUAGCUACUUUAGAAGAAGAUCUGAGGAAUCAAGAAAAUGAGAAAGCAACAGUAAUGAAUGAUAUGGCGUCUCUUAGGGAACUUUGCAUCAAGCUUGACUCAGGCAAAGAUCUGAUGAUCCAGCAAAUGAAUUCCAAAAACCUCGAGUUGGAGAGGCUUGUGGCAGAAUUGGAAACUGUAAAAUCAGAAGCAGACCUGUUAAAAAAACAGCUGUCAAAUGAGAGACAUACAGUUAAAAAUCUUGAAUCAUUGUUGGUUUCAAACAGAGAUAAAGAAUUUCAGUCUCAAUUAAACUCCCACGAGAAGGAGACAGAAAUCCAGCUACUUAAAGAGAAGCUAACUCUUUCGGAAAGCAAACUGAGUAGUCAGAGCCGAGAGAACACCAUGCUUCGGGCUAAAGUGUCACAGUUGCAGUCAGACCAUGAUGUUAUGAAGAGGCAGAUUACAACUGAAAAAUUUGAACGAGAGCGGGCAAUUCAAGAGAUGCGUCAACUUGGUCUUUCAACACCAUCCCUUAGUUCCACUCUGAAGUCACCUUUGCAAUCUCCUGAGCAUGUAAAAAUAUGAAUGAAUAAUUAUCAGAAAGAAUGGAUGACUUUUAAUGAGUUGGUCUUAUGGAUUUUUAAAAGGACAGAGCAGUAAUGAAAUAUUUCAAGUACUUGUUACUGAAAAUCAUGAGCAUUGACACAAAUUCUACCUCUGUCAACUUUUAUUUAAAUCAAUGAUUAUUUAUGUAAAAAAAUUUUAAAGAGCUUUGCCUAUGUGUGUAUAUUUCCAUAUAUAUGACAAAGUAUGUAUUAACAGUGCUAACUGAUAUUGUAUCUAUAUUUUUAUUAUUCCUGAUUUAAAUUCCUCCUAAAAGUGUGUAUACUGUGAAUUAAUAGAAUGUUUUGUUUACAUUAUGAUUUAGAUAUUUUUUUAUUGAGCCAUGAUAUAUGUAUGUAAAUAUUUACUUACAGCAUAUGUUUUGAAGUGUUUUUAGUUUGAUUUAAUCCCUCUCUGUAACCUAUAUCCUUAAUGCAUUCAUAAAGGACUAUGAAUUUCAAUUCUGUCUUUAAGGGGAAUAUAUUCAGCUCUGCUCUUACAACGGCAAAUAUCUUAAUAAUGAUUACCAUAUAUAAUUUAUUGUUACCAAUGAGAAGAACUCUGAUGUAAAGGUUUACAUAUCAUAUGCACAAUUACAUUAUUUGGCUGGCACAUGAACUCUUCACAUAAUGCAAAUUGUAUCAAAGUCAAACUUAAAUGUAACAAAAAGAUGGAAUAAUUUUCAAAAAAAUACCUCAAAUUUUGGAGUAUGAACUUAUAUGGAAUAGAAUGAAACAUUGUAUUAAAAUGCUAGUACACCUUCAACAUCAGUUUUGCUUUUAAACCAGUGUACCAGCCUUUCAGAUUAGUACUAAUUGUUGAACUGGGGCAUAUUAAAUAGAAAACAGCUUUUUAUGCUGAAUUUCCAGUUGUCCUUUUAAAAUAUAGUAACACUGUUGUCCCGUUGUUCAUCAAUUUACUCAAGUGGGCACCAGUAACAUCUCCAUUGUGAGAUUUGUUACUGUAUAUGUACAAUAAAAGGACAUACGAAAUAGAAUGCCAGCUGCAAAAAACUGAACCACACACAUUUGGCAAAAAAGCUAUUAUUAAUAGAUUUCAUUAUUAUUGUAAAAAUACUUAAAACCUAACAUAAGCAAGUGGAAGACCAACUAUUUUAAUACGUGGAAUUAAAGCGUGGAAUACAUCUCGCUUCCUCCUUUGGUUUAAUAAAGUGACAUGUGCAUGUACCCGGAAAUGGGUCCUGCUCUUUUCUAAAGUUGAUCUGCCAUGUAUGUUUAGGUUAUAUUCUGUGAAUUAAUGUAUUACUUGGAUGUGAUGUGACUUACUUUACCACCAUCUUUGUGAUGCUAUAUAUUCUGUCUCCUUUGUGUGAACAAACACCUGUAUUAUACCUUAACUACAAGAGAAAUGGGACUGCUUGCAAUUCAUAUGGAAAAAAUUUUAAUAAAUAUAUGUAAAUAAAAUUUUAAUAUUUGUCCCACAUUUACCCCCAAAGUAACAGCAAGGUAUAUUUUGAUACUUGUGUGUUUUCCUAUAAUUAAAAAGUGUGUAUCUCCCCAUAAUUAUUUCAGUAACCAUGAUAAUAUAAUUUUUGAAUUCAUUUUAUUUUAAAAUAUUGAAUGUUCUGAUCUUUCAGAGAUGUUCUUAAUUUGUCUUAAAUAAUUUGAAAUUAUGGAUCUUGACAUAGAUUUUCUAAUAAACUUUACAAUUUAUUUUCUUUCUUACAAUUAGUUUUUUUUUAAAAGGAUAUGAGUAGUCUCAGUACUAUUAAGUAACAUUUGCUCAAAUCAAGAUUUCUGUGGAGAGGCAUGGGUAAAAUUCUGAACACGAGUACCUUUAAUUUUAAAGACUUUGUGGUUUUUUUACAUGUUCGUCAUUUGUUUAUCAUUUUUGAAGAAAUGUCUAUUUGGACUUUUAAUCUUUUUUUUUUUUUUAAUCACAGUGAGAUACAUAGUUACAAAGUUGUUCAUGAUUGGGUUCCAGUCAUACACUGUUCCUAUACUCGUCCAUUCCCCAUUGUACAUUUCCCAUCACCAUUGUCUUCAUCCCAAUCUGCCUCUACAGCAGGCACUUUUCUUCUCUGUCUGUCUGUCUGUCUCUCUCUCUCUCUCUCUCUCUCUCAUCCCUGCCCCCCCCCCGCCCUUUUGGUACUGAAGGUCAUCAUGUAUAUCCUUUCACCUACUCAGCACUCAGUUAUUGUCCAGAAUGAUCAUUUUCGACAGUUUGUCAUCGUGGUUCCUUCUCUGUCCUAACUGCCCUUUCCACCCCACUUGUGGCAAGUUUCCAAUUGUGGGCCAGUUCUCCAGGCCCUCGUUUCUAUUGUCCUUGGGUAAUA